UGUAGACUGUACUCAAGACUAGUCCUCCUAGUCUGUGAUGACUGUUGGAGUGCUAUUAGAACUUUUAGCUCUUCCAAUUUUAUAUUUUUGAAUAAUUUUUGCAAUCUCAUUUAGAAAAGUGCAGAAUAUUGUGCGAAAUUAAGUUGCUAACAAUGUCUUAUUCAAAUAAGUAUACACUAGCGGCGCUCCCUAGGACUCAGCGGGGCACACCACUGGUACUUGGGGGGGAUCCCAAAGGAAUUAAUUUCUUGUACAGUAACGGGAACUCGGUAAUAAUUCGCAAUAUAGAAAACCCGGCGAUUGCAGAUGUGUAUACCGAGCACUCUUGCCAAGUCAAUGUUGCUAAAUACUCUCCAAGUGGAUUCUAUAUAGCUUCCGGAGACGUAUCCGGCAAAAUUCGUAUCUGGGAUACAGUAAACAAGGAGCAUAUCCUUAAGAAUGAGUUUCAACCAAUUGGAGGUCCUAUCAAGGACAUCGCUUGGAGCUCAGACAACCAAAGGAUGGUUGCCGUUGGCGAGGGUAGAGAGAGAUUCGGUCACGUGUUUAUGGCGGAAACGGGGACAUCGGUAGGCGAGAUCAGCGGCCAAUCAAAGGCCAUCAAUUCGGUCGACUUCCGGCCAGCCCGGCCCUUCCGCAUUGUUACGGCUUCCGAGGACAACACGCUAGGUGUAUUUGAGGGACCGCCCUUCAAGUUCAAAUGUACAAAACAGGAGCAUACUCGUUUCGCCCAAGCAGUGCGGUACAGUCCUGAUGGAAAGCUGUUUGCCUCAGCUGGCUUUGAUGGGAAGAUAUUCCUCUUUGAUGGACAGACUUCGGAGCUGAAGGGUGAAAUUGGUUCCCCAGCCCACAAGGGUGGUGUAUAUGGAAUAUCCUGGUCUCCUGAUGGUAAACAGCUGUUAUCCUGCUCUGGAGAUAAGACUUGUGCCAUCUGGGAUGUGGAGACCAUGCAAAGGGCCGUUCUCUUCCCCAUGGGUACUGCUGUUGAAAAUCAACAGGUAUCUUGUCUAUGGCAAGGCAAGCAUCUCCUAACUGUGUCCCUUUCUGGGGACAUCAGUUACUUGGACAUUGAUAACCCUGAGACUCCCCUCCGAGUCAUAACAGGUCAUAACAAGCCAAUCACCUGUCUCUGCUUGUCUUUGGACCGGAAGAGGCUGUAUACAGCUAGUCACGAUGGAGCGGUGUCUCAUUGGGAUGUAAGCAAUGGUGUCGGUGGUAAGGUGCUAGGUACCGGCCACGGUAACCAAGUGAAUGGAAUGCGUAUGACGAAUAACGGGGCGUUAUUGACUUGUGGAAUCGAUGAUACGCUGCGCAGGAUUGACGUGCAGGCGGAAGUUUCAGGGGAUUCCCCAUCAUACUCCGACCAAGCAGUGACUCUUGGAGCACAGCCACGUGCUUUGGACCAAUUAUUGGACGAUGAUAUAACUAUCGUUGCUACUGUAAAGGAGCUUAUUGUCCUGUCGGGUGGUGCAAAGAAAUCGAGUGUGCCGAUAAAAUACGAGCCAUCAUGCGUUACAAUCAACCAUCAGAAUAAACAUGUAGCAGUUGGAGGUGAUGAUAGCAAAGUGCAUAUCUACACUCUGGAGGGAACGAAUUUGUCUCCCAAGACUGAGUUAGUGCACCUCGGUGCUGUGAGUGACGCCCGCUACAGCCCUGACUGCAAGUACCUCGUCGCAUGCGAUGCUAACCGGAAGCUUAUCUUGUAUGAUGAGGAAUAUAAGUUGGCCCAUAAUAAAGAGUGGGGUUUCCAUACGGCUCGUGUAAACUGUGUUUCUUGGAGUCCUGAUAGCUCCAGGGUCGUGUCUGGUUCCUUGGACACUAGUCUUAUUGUAUGGAGCCUCGCGCAACCGAACAAACACUUAACUAUUAAAAAUGCGCACCCACAGAGUCAAAUUACAGGCGCGGUUUGGAUUGACAAUGAGACGAUAGCGUCUGUGGGACAGGACGCAAACACACGCAUUUGGACGGUGCCUAGCGCUUAGUUUUAUAAUGCCACAACGAUAUAUAUUGCGGUGGUUAAAUCCGAUGCAUGUUGAUUUAACCGUUACCGGGCCAGACAAGUAUCUGGCGUCAAUUGUAAGACAGUUUAAAUACUGUAUAACAGCGUACAGAGAUGUACUUUGGGGGCCCCAUGCUUUUAAGGCGCCCUAUUAAGGAGCCGUUCAUAAAAUACGUCACACUGAAAUCAGCUUUUUUUGACCCCCUCCCCCCCAUUGUCACGCUGUGUCACACUUUUUGUGACCCCCCCUAGAAAUAUUUCGUCACAAAAACUAAGACCCCCCCCCCCCUACUGAGUAUGAUAAAUUCUAGAGAAAUAGUAUUUUCAUUUGUUACUGAAUCGAGAGCGCAGGGUACGUGGAAACGUUACUCUCUCAAGUAUUGGAAAAACAAAGAAACCCGUUGUCAGCGCUCAUGUAAUGUAAUAAACGGCGAACGUCACGCUGCCCUAUACCCCCCUCCCCCUUGUCACAUCUUGUCACACUCGGCCAGACCCCUCCCCCCCUUGUAUGCGAACGUAGUUUAUGAACGGCCCCUAAUAUAUAUAAAAGUUUUAUUAAGUCCAUUUUUGGAAAUAUUUUUUUUAAGCUUAAUAUUUUUGGUACUUGAACAGAAAAUGGCGAGCAUAGAUGGACUUGCCAAAUUUGUUUUUGAACUAAAUCUUUAAUAAUACAAACAGUACUAAGAGUAUUCAUUUGUAUGUAUUUAUAACAAAGAGUUCUAUCCUUAAAAUGUAACUAACGUAUUUAUUUAGCUUCUAAGAUUUUAUAGGAAUACUCUGAACUGCAUUUCUAAUGAAAUUAUAUUUAUUGCGUUUAUACUUAGAUCUCAUAGAUUACCGGUAACUUAUAAUUGCGUAUUUUAACCGCAUUAAUAUUUUUCUUUGCACAACACUACAAAAGAUUUUAAAAUUUUAUCAAUCGCAUCGGAAAUUAAAUCUAUAAGUUACCAGUAGUCUCUUCUGCAUAAUAUUGUAGAACUUCAACUAAUUGUGUGCAACGCAUUUUACGCUUUUUUAACUGAUUGCGUCGAGAAAAAGUGAACAGUAUUUUUAUACUAGCUAAUUUUCUACAGACUUUGUCAUUUUGAUGCGUUUUUCUACUAAUGUAAGGCAGAAAUAAAUUGUGUACACUUGUA